AUGGAAAGGCUGCAGAUCAACUACGCCAAAAGAAGACACCCUGCUGCUGAAGAUUGGCAGAAACGACCGUCUGUUGCCAUUUGCUCGGACAUGGGGGCGUGGGUGUCGGUCGGCGGCCUGCUGGGCUGCUGCUGCAUCGUUAACUCUGUUCUCCACGGCGCAUGGCUGGUGCCCCACACGCGCGUCCACGGGUACCUCGAGGUAGUGGACACUGAGAUGGGGAUUGAGGUGCGGCUCGUGCAAUCCUGCGGCAGCGCUGAAGCACCAGAGCCGUUUCAUCCACCUCGGGUCCCGAACGGCGAACCACUUACGACACGUACGGAUUUGUACCUUACCCAAUGGUCUGUUGACGAUUUGGGAGACCUCGAGGCUCAGAGGUCCCCUUCUGACAAAACCCUCUACCCCCCCGUCCUCGCUCUCGCUCAGCUCACCGUGCUACCUUACCUCAAGUCGAGACUGCUUGUCCCGUACUGCUGUGACUGCUUCUCCCGUAUCCCACCGGCCGAACGUGACGAAGUUGAGUUCGUCGGAACCCGUCUCGCGCGUAAACGCCCCGCGGAGAGCACACGACUUCUGCCCGCCAUGUUCGUAAACCACCAAAAAAAAAACUCAGAUAUCAAUCUACCAUACUCUCGCAGUCAACCUAGUGCCACUUGUGAGAACCCAAGGCGAGCAAGGAAACGAACGGCGUACAAACUCUACUGCGUCUACUACUACAACAACAAACCCCCUUCCUCCAACAGAAACAUCGGAUCAAUCGGCAUGCGUCAGCCACAACUCUCUGAUGGGUGGAUGGGAGGAGGGCGGAGGGCGGAUGCCGGCUCACUUACAUACAUGGUCAUCACACACAUGCAUACUAUGACAGUAGCAACAAAGCCCGUCGUGAAGGAGGAGAAAGUAACAAGCUCGUCCGGCAACCACCGCCGAAAAGAAAAGCACAGGCACUCUCUUAUUUCUCUUCUCGCAGCCUGCCCAACCAUCCAUCGCUCUUCUCCCCGACCAAGAGAGAGAGAGCUUGAAUACGAUUUUCACUCGGCCGGCGGUUCGGAUCUCGAGCCGGGAGCCUCACUGACCACCUCUCUCCAUCUCAGACAGAGAGACUCCAUCAACAAUCCUCAAAUGGGAAUGCAGAGUACCCAAGCCCGUGUUGAUCCGAGAAUGGCCAUGUCGGUCAAAGAAAAGCCAAAGGCUCCCGAGCCUAUUCUGUAG